UCGGCUGUUUGUUAUGGAGUCGGUUAAUUCAGAAGCUAUCUAGCUAACUACUGAUGGCUAUGAACACCAACUUAACGACGAGAGAUGAAAGCAGGUGUGAAACGCAAGCUGGGCUCUCCAGAGCCUGCACAUGUAAAGAUGACCAAGAGGGAGAUACGAUCUCAUGCUGGCAGCACACAGGAACUCAGUCCAGUGAAGAGGAUUUCUACGUCCAGCACGAGAAGUAACCGGAACACGUCGUCUCCCAGGAGGCACUCGCCCAGAUUUAAGAAUCAUGGGCAGGACGCAGAAAGAGGACAUGACACUGUGCAGUACUCCAGCAGUCCCGAUUCGUCUCGCUUUCCCCCCGAGGCGGACACAGAGCUGGGAUUGGUCAUCACACUGGAUGAAGACACAGUCGAGGAACCGGAGCGGCUGAGAAGGAAGAAGGAAGGAAAACUCAAGAACGAGACGCAAACGAAUACGGAUAAAACGAUGCUAAGUGACGGGAGUUCUACUCAAGAGUCCAGUCUAGAUGAGAACAGCGAGGAAGAGUUCAGACAGCUGGACCGAGAUUUAGCCAAGAAGUCCAAACAGCACAACCUGACCUCGGUCCACGUGCGCAGCAUAAUUCACGAGGUGAUUACUAACGAACAUGUAGUGGCGAUGAUGAAAGCAGCAAUCCGGGAGACCCAGGACAUGCCCAUGUUUGAGCCCAAAAUGACACGUUCAAAGCUCAAAGAGGUCGUUGAGAAAGGCGUGGAAAUUCCAAACUGGAACAUUUCACCCAUAAAGAAACCUACAGAAUUAAAGCCGCCUCAAUUCGUCGACAUUCCCCUUGAGGAUGAGGAGGACUCUUCAGAUGAUGAGUACUAUCCUGAUGAGGAUGAAGAAGAUGAGACCGCCGAGGAGACCAUCCUGGAGAGCGACAUGGACAGCAUCGCGUCAUCGCCGCGCGUCAGUAGACGAGCUCGAUCACGCACGCCGGUAGAGCUUUCCGAGUGCGAUGAAGAAAAGAGCAACACUCCACAAACGAAAGCCAAACUUCUGAGGCACUUGAGAGUAGAAGCGGCACCUAUGGGCCCCCCUGCUCCUCCCUCUCAGUCUCUUUGCUCCUUGCGCCCCCAGAGGGGUGUUGACCUGUUUAUGGAGAAGUUGUAUGCUGUGGAUGAGGAGCUGGAGCUCAGCCUGCCUUGCUUGGAGCCCUACCAGGCUCUGAACAGUGGCGAGGACGCAGAGCGAAGUUUAGUGGCGUGUCGGACACGGUCCAAGCGUCCGUUGACUGAUGUACCACUGGACCAGCUGGAGGCUGAGCUGAAAGCACCCGACAUCACGCCGGACAUGUACGACUACUGUUCAGCACUGGAGGACAAAGAGUGGACUCAUUGGCUGCAGGGGCUUAUGAUCUCAAAUCUCGACAACGAAGAGGAGGGUGACGACGACGACGAUCCUGAAUAUAAUUUCCUGGACGAUCUGGAUGAGCCGGAUUUGGAGGAUUACCGCAACGACAGAGCGGUUCGCAUCACCAAGAGGGAAGUUAAUGAGCUCAUGGACGAGCUGUUUGAGACGUUCCAGGAUGACACAGAAGCAAACGAGAAUGACAAGGACCGUGAGGGGGGCCAGGAGCGGGAGGCAGAGGUGGAAUCGCAGAGCACUGCCAAGUUUAACGUUCCUCGAACCAUUCGAUUCGAGGAGCCGCUGGCCAAUAUGUUGACCGCGUGCAGGCGUACAGUCCGGGAACAGCUAGAUGCUCUCCAGCAGCGGCGGGAGCACCAAAGUCGAACGAACAGCGACGUACCGGUGCCCACCAUGCUGCUCAUUUCUCCUCCCAGUACCCUGGUGGUGACAUCCACCCAGAAGCGCCAGUUACAGCAGCAAAUCCAGCAACAUGUGCAGCUUCUGACAGAAGUGAACAUGCUGUGUAGCGGUGUGGAGAGGCUGCAGAACCAGGCCAGCGCCACCAAACUCUUCUUGACAGAGUUGCAGUCGUUUGCAGACAGAGCAGACCAGGUAAGAGCGGUGGUUGAGCCCGGGUUCAGAAGUGCAUUUAGGGUGUGUAACCUCCAUCCGUCGCUGGACUUGCUGGACGAGCUGAAGAAAACACAGUCUCCUCACGCUUCACUGCCCAAAUGUCCACGAUCACGUAGCGUGCACAGGUACCCCUUCCUUCCAGCACAUCUGGCCUGGCUGUUUGCCACUCGGUCAGUGUUUCUUUACCCAGAGUUGCUGCCUCACUGCAGCCUCGACCCGUCCCUGCAGCCUCCACGCAACAAGAACAUCUACACUAAAGGAGAGGAUGGUCUGAUUGUCCUCGGUUUAAAACACUUCAGCGAGACGGAGUUCCCGUACCAUCUGAUGAGCCAGUACCUGAUUCAGCCCAAAAGGGUGGAGCAGCUACGGGCCCGUGUGAAAGACAUGUCCUCCAACAAGGCUGCCGACAACAUUAUCAAGUCUUGCUGCCAGCAGCGUACAGUCCCUCCUCUACCAGUGGCCUGCUGUCCAGUCAUCCCAGGGGAGGAGCGCCCCCCUGUGGAGAGAGACAUUAUGCCAAUCUGGCUCCAGAAAAGUUUGCCAUACAUACAUAAAGCACUAUUCGAGAGCCAAUCAGAAGAGAGCCCAUCAUCACAUACCCUUAUUUUUCCUGAGAGAACACCGUACCCACGAUGCCUUCCUCAAGGUCUGACUCUGCAGCUGCAUCCCUCGGUCAAGCGCCCGAGCUGUCCCCGACCUCCCAAACCGCGCCCGCUGCACGGUUUUUCACGCCCAGCUUCUACACCCUUAGCAAAAGCCCCCGUUCAUUUAUUACCCCAAGUCCCAGCAGCUCUUCCCUCUCAAGGGCUCCUCUUGUUAACCCCGAGUCCUUUCAUCCCGGUCAGCGAGGCCAAAGUGAGCGCCGGUCCUGCUCACGGGACCGUCCCGUUGAACCGAGUCGCUCCUAUUAACUUCCAGUAUGUCGUUCCACAGCUGGGUUGUGUAAACCCUGUCGAGCCUCCUGCCAGUUUACCUCCAGCUGUAGUACACAUAGCUUCAACUCCAGCUGUUCCCUGUAACACCACAGUUCCCACUAAAGACGUGCCAAAGAAAGCAGACGUGCUCAGGAAUCAAACCGGGCCUCGAAAGCUGCUCCCGAUCCAGCCGUCUCCUCUCAGUCCGGCCCAGAUUAUACCGUCUAGCUCAAGACCGGAAAACCUGGCGAAUGCCGUCCCGUCCGUGGUCGUCAUACAGCCUCCUUCCAUCCUGGAUACCUUUGUCCAUCCACAAAUCAUCAAAUCCAGCACCUCACUACCUCAGAAUCCAUUUGUUCAACCGUCUCCUCCACUCCAAACUAUCAAAAGCGACGUGUCAGCGUCAAGCCAUGAAGGUUCCUCGUCUUUAAACGCUAAGACGCUAGAAAAUCGUACUGAAAAUCUCAUCCCUCGUUCAAAAAGCAGUGUUUGCAGUACAGUUGAUCUCCCAGCAGAUAAUUCCCAGUUUGUGCUGGUCCAGGCGGCUCCACAAGGUGGAACACCACAGUUUUUCCUAAUGCCCAAAACCAGUCAACACACAAUCAAACCAGAGGCUUCUCAUAUUCUAAUCAUUCCAAAUACCAGCGAUAAUUUGUCCUUGGUGAGGGUUGGACUCCCCUCAGAGGCUGUCGUGAGCCCAAUCAAGCCUCCACCAGGUACAGACAGGGUGGAGGGAGAACUGUGGAAGGAGGAGGUGGACACAGGAGCUGAGGUGGACGUGGAGGAGAUGGCGAGCGCUCUCUUUGGAGCUCCUUUUCUCCCAGAGAAGUCCGAGAACUUUAGAGAGGAAAACAUGGACAGCUCCAGGUGUGCGGAACAUAUAGAGGAGCUAGAAAAGCUAGAGCAGAUAAACAGCCCCUCCAGCGAAGAGGAUCAUGGGAGUCAUAUCGAGAGUACUCAUCCCUCUGCUAAUCCUAACAACAUAGAAGAACCGAAGAGCAGUGAAGACGGCAGACGGACGUUUCCAGGGCUGCUGAGUUUUGCUUCCGGUUCUGAAAACCAGGAGCAAGUUGGUGGAGGUCAGGGAGGUGGUGAAGACAGGAAGGAGCAAAAGGAGCAUCAGAAUGAGAGCGGAGGAGGGAAAGAUAGGGAUAUAAGCGAAGGAGGGGAGAAAAGAGGAGGUGAAAAUGGCCAGGGCAGUGCUGGAGGGGAUAGAAACGACGAGGAGAAGGACGGAGAUGGCGAGCGCGAGGACGAGGAGGAGGAAUUCGACGAGCUCACGCAGGACGAAGACGAGGAGGAAGUGAUGUCGUCUGCGUCGGAGGAAUCGGUCCUCUCGGUACCUGAACUGCAGGAGACGAUGGAAAAGCUGACGUGGCUGGCAUCAGAGCGGAGGUUAUGCGGGGAAGGCGAUUCGGAGGAGGAGAACUCGCCAAACUCGCCCGCCUCCCCGACCUCGCCCACCUCCCCCAUCUCUCAGAACUCACAAGAGGAGAACUCUGACGACGAGGACGACGGGCCUAUGAAGGGCGAGGAGCUGGAGACUGCCGAGGGAGAGGAGGAGAAACUGCCCGAAGGAGACGCGCCGCAGGAGGAGGACCCUCCGCAGGCCAGCGGGAAGGGGGCCGGGCGUGGCCGAGGUCGCGGUCGCCCCACGCCUCGCAGUCUGAGGAAGAGCAGACGGCAGGACCGGGCCAGUAAGGACACGUCCAAACUGCUGCUGCUCUAUGACGAGCACAUCCUGGAGAAUGAUCCAAUGAGGGACAGCAAAGACAUCGCCUUUGCCCAGGCCUACCUCAACCGAGUGCGGGACGUCCUGCAGGACACUCCCGGUAAGAUGGAGGAAUUCCUGAGUCUGCUGUUCGAGUUUGAGCAGGGCGCGGAGGGUCGAAGCGCCGUGGAGCUUUUCUCUCAGCUUAAACCUCUUCUGAAAGACUGGCCAGACCUGCUGAGGGACUUCUCUGCCUUCCUUCUUCCAGAGCAGGCGCUGGAGUGCGGCCUGUUUGAGGAUCAGCAGGCGUUCGAGCGUAGCAGGCGGUUUCUCAGACAGCUGGAGAUCAGUUUCGGUGAGAAUCCAUCUCACUACCAGAAGAUCGUCAAAGCGCUUCAGACGGCGUCUGCUCUUACCCCUGGAGGCGUAGAUGAGCUUAAAUCCCAGAUGGCCACUCUUCUCAAGGGUCACACCCACCUGCAGGGAGAGUUCUCCGUGUUUUUCGAGGAGCUCCGCCCGCCCCCGGCGCGUCCCGGUCAGUUCGAGGAGGCGGUGUGGCCUGACGACGGGGAUAAAGCGCCCGACGGAGGAGACGGAGUGAAUUUGGUGGGGAGCGGAUGGCUGAGCGGUGGGUUCGAGGAAGUCACGCUACCCGAUCUGGAGGAGGAAGAGGAUACGUCCAAGCUUCCCCAAAUGUCAGGGAAAAGCAGGAAAAGAAAAGAGCACCGAACACACAGAAAGUACAAGGAUUGUAACUGGCCGGAGAUGGACUGUCCCUGCCGCUGCCAUUUCUCCAGUCAUGAUGCUAAACAUCGCAGACACAAGAGGAAAACCUGCCGUCGCUGCCACGGCGUCAAGGGCACCGACGGCUCCAAGUCCCUCAAGAGUGCUGACCGCGCCUUCCUCACAGCAGACCCUUUGCCAGAAAGAGAAGAAGAAAGAGAGGAGUCUGAGAAAGGAGGACAGGAUCAGGAGGAAGAGAAAGAACCCGAAAGUGGGGUGAAGGAGGCAGGAAGUGGCGCUAACAGUCCACAUCAUGAGCCUGAAGUCCAGGCGUGGGACGUCAGAGAGGAAGAUCCACGUGCCGACCCGGACGCAAGAGACGACGGUGAGGAGGAGGACGAGGACGAAGAGUGGAAGGAGGGCGAGAGGGGGCGUCGCCGUUCCUCUCCAAAUAAGUCGAACAAGGAGGAUGAGGAGUCGGAAGCUGGGUGCCCGGAGUCCUCCACACCUGUUCAGUCUGGAGAAAAGGAGACGGCACAGCCGAGCCAACAGAGCCCGUCCUCCGAAACGCCCGUCUGUGCCAAGAACAUCUCGCUCACCCCCAGUGGAGAGAAAGUCGUCCUCUGGACCAGAGAGGCGGAUCGGGUCAUUUUAACAUCCUGUCAACAGCAAGGGGCCAACGAGAGCACUUUUCAGUCCGUAUCAGAGCAGCUUGGUAACAAAACCACCACUGAGGUUUCCAAAAGGUUUCGGGACCUCAUGCAGCUCUUUCACACCUCGGCUCGACAGGCCAGCUCGGAGGACGAGGCCAACGAACAACAAUCUGCGACUGAUGAGGAGCAGGACUGACCUCAUGAAACUGUUUUAACUAUAGGAACAUGGUAAUGGACUUGGGGCUACAUGGUACUGGUCUACAAACUGGAAUUAUUAGGCUGUGAUCAACCAGAGAGCACAAACACAUUCAAUCUGGUUUUAUAGUAAGCCUGGAAAUUACAGUAUGUAUAAACAUGGAUCAGCCAUAACAUUAAAACCACCUCCUUGUUUC